AUGGCGAAAGAAGCCCUCAAGGUCGUGGUGAGACUCCUGCCACCCGAAAUUACGGAAGAAGAGCUCAUCGCCACGGUUCCUGAAGCGCAUCUGAAGCGGACUACCUGGCGAAGCUUCCAGGCCGGGAAACGUUAUCGAGGCGAGGCUAAACCGUCGGUGAAUGCUCGCUGCUACUUCCUUUUCGACCAAGAGGACAGCGCUGAUAAGUUCAUCAAGGAUUACCAUGGACAUCAAUUCGUCGACGGGCAAGGGGAAAGCUUUCGUGCUGUCGCUUGCUUUGCUCCGUAUGCCAAAGUUCCCCGCCAGAAGGUGACGAAGGAUGCCCGCGACGGAACUAUCUUUGAAGACGCUACCUACAAGCAGUUUUUGGACGGAUUGGCAGUCCCAAAAGCAUUCGAGGCGCCGCCAGAUCCAGUUUCGGAGCUGCAACCUUCGAGCAAGAAGGACACCCCAUUGCUAAAUUACAUGAAGACCAGGGCGGCUGAGAGAAGAUCUCGUCAAGAGAAACGUGAAAGGGAGCGCAAGAGAUGGCACGACCGACUGGGUCGAAUAGACGAAAAGCCCCGAUGGCGGUGUGCGGAGUGCGGCACCGUGAAGCACUUAGAAGAAGAUCCAGAUUCAAGAGGAACCUUCUACUGCACGUACUGCUGGGAGAUCUGGGAAGCUCAGGAGUACAAGCAAAAGAAGAAGAAAAAGAAGUCAAAGAAGACCGAGGAAUAUGCAGAAGAAGAGGAAGAAGAGGAGGAUUGGUACGAGGAGCCAAGCAGCAAAAAGAAAAAGAAGAAAAAGAAACAUGAAGCGUAUGAAGAAGAAUGGCACGACCACGCCAGUGGCUGGCACAGUUCCGAGCAGGGAGAUGACUGGGCCUGGUACGAUGCAGAAGCCUCUGAGGAGCCCAAGAAAAAGAAGAAGAAAAAGAAAUCAAAGGACGAGGAUGAGUAUGGUGCUUGCCACUGGCACGAAGAGGACUACUGGGGCGAGCAGGAGAGCAAAACAAAAUCUAAGAGGUCAAAAGCCAAAGAGUCCGAAGAGUGGUGGGAAGAGUCGUCCAAGCCCAAGGAAACUUCUUCCAAGCGCAGGUCUCAAGGCAAGUGGAGAGAAAAGGAAGAACAGAAGGCCAAUGUUCUUCCACUGCACAUCUCUGCACGGCACUUGCUGUGCCCUGGAAAAUUGAACCCACCACAGGAGCCCGAGAAGUCUCGGCGAAGGACCGGCGUUGGGUCAGAGUGUCAGUAUCCUGCGUGGCGUUGUGAAGCUUCGCAGUCCCCGCUUGCUUGCUGA